GUUGGUGCCCUCUUGGGCCGUCUUGGGGACCUUUUUUGUGGAGUUCUGGCGGCCCGACGCCCGCCUCGGCCUGCGUUCAGAAGACGAUGGCUCUACACAGAAGCGGCGCCGGCCGAUGCUUCCGCGCCCACGUCGGCGCUCUCAAAAGUCGAACGGACUGUAUCGGUGUCAGUCGUGGGCCGGCCACUGGCUCGGGCAUACCCACGCGCGGCGCGGGUGGUGCUUGCCCUUUCUCGGGCAAGAGUUCAAAGCAUAUCGCAACAACUGACCCUCGUUAGCGUCUGCCGGCAUUCGCCCAGCAAGCUGGCUCGCAGCCCGUUGCAGGGACUUGAGAGUUGCAUUUGCAGGCCAACGCCCAGCAAGCUGGCUCGAACGGAUCAUGUCCCUGGAAAGCUCCUGCCCGUAUUCAUACAUCGACCGAAUCGAGUGCGAUGCCUGAGUUUUUUGAAUAUGUCAUCGAGUAGAUAUUCACUCGGGUAUCUGUGGACUUUCUGGGCGACCCCGCAAUAUGAAAGCCCAAGCUCAGCGCAGAGCAACUUCAUAGAAGUCGCAUAAUUGCCCUGAUCAAUAAUCAAAUCGAAUGACGAAAAGCGUCGUUUCGCAAACUCUACAUCUUCCCAUGACAAAUGAAUUGCGGGUAGCGGCUUAUCUAUAAGUUUACGCAAACCAACAUAGAUCUGAACUGCACAUCCAUGUUGGUACCAUUGGCGAAUGUAUUCCACAUACCAUCACCAGCAAAAGUUCGCUCAAUCGGGUCCCGCAAGAAAACCACGCUGACAAACCCGUCCGAAUCGCACGGCAUGAAGCUGCUCAAAUCUUCUGGCGGUAUCUCGCUUUCCUCCUUCCACGCGUUGAACCACCGAUGGGUCGAGUUAUCUGGGGCCACGAGGAAGGGAUCUGCGUCGAUUUCGCAGAGGCCAUUCAGUUUGAGGAUGCUCUUAAUGUUGCUUCCAGCAUGGUGAAUGAUAUGGAAAAAAACAGCCUGCCGCCGUGCGGGUACGGGACGGUGCCCUUCCCGGCACCGCGCGCAGUGGGGCCCGAGGCGCUCCCAGGUCGUGGCUGCAUCACACGUCCGCUGCCCAGCACCCUGCUGGCGCGGAGAAGCCCAAAGAGCACGAAGGGCAGGCCACACAGCAUGGCCAGCAUUGCAGGCCAGGCGGUCGAGCGGGCCAGCGCCUGCCCCACGCCGCGCAUCGGACGGCACGCGCUGCAGCUACAGAGGCUCGGCUGCUGCCGAGGGGGGGGCGCCGGGGCCCCCCAGCGCUUGCACCGAGCCAGAAUGGCUUGAGCCAAAAUCGCUACGGACGAAGCCAUAAACCCUUCGAAAUACAACACCGAAUUCAACGAUAUCAUCAGAAUCUCAAUUUGUCUUGC